AUGCACCAAGCGCCUACAGGCCAGAAAAGGGGAAAACAAGUCGCCGCUCAGCGAGAGGAGGGGAGAGGAACAAACCCAGCAGGUAAACACCAGCCCCGGGAUCUACCGGCAGAUGAUGGUGGUGGCGCGAACCAGCGUCGAAUAAACACCCCCGGGUCCCGGACUGCAAGCCAGAAGCACUCCAGCCCCGGUCCGGACGCCUGUCUGCACGGAUCGGGCCGAAGAGGGGGCAGAGGCAAACGACUGAGACGCACUGGCCGUGGCAUGCGACCUGCAGCAGGAGUGGUGAAGCGAAAGGGGCAGCCAGGGCAGCCAGGGCUGCGAACAGCCACGGCCAGCCGAGGAAGCAGAGAACGAAACGUCCGAGCAGUGAGUGGACCACAACGGUGCCGGGCGUACUCCGUGUGCGGGUGA